CUGGCGAGUGUUCGGGGAAUUGUCAGCAGCUGUAGCCAGCCGGAAAGGAAAUUUCGGUAAAGAAUCCUACACGUACGCCCGUUCGCCUAAUAAUCACGUGCCGUGGAAGCUCAUUAAAUUCGAAGGUGAAAAGCAGCCUCGUCCUGUCACCCGUCGCCCGUCGCCUGUCGCCAAGUUAUUGCACACAUGGCCACAUAAAUAUAUCCCCAGGCAGAUAAUAAUGGCUAGCGGUUCCCGAAGAAGUACAAAAGAAUUUGACUUUGAUUUACUGUGCGAGACCUUUGCCGAGAUUUGCCCCGACUUUCGAGAUGGCCCGGGAACGGAUAUGACGGAGAGUCUGGACUUUGCCAACCGGGUGAUUUUUGAACUGGGUCCCAGGAUGCGACAACUAAAGCAGAGCGGCAGGGAUCAGAUGUGGCGCCUGGUCUUCAACGGCGGCGGAAGUGUCUAUAUCUACACGUACACUUUCCAGAAACCGAUCAGCGGACAGCCUCGAUUGGGUGGGGGCAAGCUGUAUUUGACUCUAAAGCAGGCCGGUUUGCUGGCGGUUAGGAAGAUUUGUGCUAUGUUGCCAGUUUACCAUGAUCCGCGCCACAAAAUUCUGCUGACUCCGCUGGCCAGAGUCGUGUUUGAUCCCCCGAAUAUUCAGAAGAUUGCCUCUGCGCUGACUAAUCUGCUUGGGACCAGAGUGGAUUGUUCCGAGGUGGUGCGGGCUGUGAUCAGCAGUUGCCAGAGCGGUGGCUUCCACUUGGAGCACAGCCAGAGCAACAUCGCCCUGGUGGCUGUGGGUGCGACUACCCGAGACUUUGGCGAACGUAAAAAGCAACGAAGGAAGACCGUUAAACAGUACACCAAUCAAGGGAAGAUCUUCGAUUUCAAUCAGUACAAGAUAUACGCCAGGUUCUCCAAGAUGUCUGAUCAAAUCGCAGAGGAGCCAGCACUUCCCGAUCCGGAUCCACCCAGAGAGAAACCACCCGCACGUAUACGCAAUGUGAGUGAGGUGUUGCGUUCCAUUGCCAAGUCCACCGAUGAUCCACUGAGUGGCGAAACCAUCGACAUGAAAUUCAAAGCUCCAUCGAAUCCGGAAAAGAAAGAAGAGGUGCAGGAUAUGCCAAUCUCGAUGGAUGUCCGUUUGCAGGGCACCAGCAUGGAACGCAUGAGAUCUAAAUUAAUGGCACCAGGUCAAGGGCGAUCAUCUGGUUGGUCAGUUGGGGGCUUGUAAAAAGAGAACAUAGAUUUUGGAAACAAGCCAGCAUUUUUUUAUAUUUUUUUUUAUAUUUUUAAAUGUCAUAUCUUAUCAUAUGGUCAAGUUUGUUCACUGCAGAAAGUAACAAGUGAAGUCAAGAGAAAUGGUAUAUCUAUUAAAAAGUGGUAUAUCUAAUAAAUAAGAUGAAAUGCCUCCAUGUUUAUAAAAUUUUAUUACCGCAAAAAUAUCAUCUAAAAAAACAUUUGGGAAAUUGCACAAUUAACCUUCUUGUAAAUUUUAAAAUUUACUUUCGAUUAUAUGGUUUGGACAAAUAUAUUGCUUUUCCAAGAGAUUAAAAAUUCAAAAAUACCCUUUUGUAUUUUAAAUACACAUGCGGCUUUAACAUUUUUUAUUUUUCCACCU